AUGCUGCAGGAUCACAGCGAAUCCCACGACCGACACUCCCAGGACCUGGACGAGCGAAGGGCUGCUCACGCUUCUUUGGAGGAACGCAUGGCGUACCUUGAGAAGGAGCUGGGGGACUCCGCUCAGAACCAUGCGAGAAUGCUGCAGGAUCACAGCGAGACCCACGGCAAGCACUCCCAGGACCUGGACGAGCGAAGGGUUGCCCACGCCUCUUUGGAGGAGCGAGUGGCGUACCUUGAGAAGGAGCUGGGGGACUCCGCUGAGAACCAUGCGAGGAUGCUGCAGGAUCACAGCGAAUCCCACGACCGACACUCCCAGGACCUGGACGAGCGAAGGGCUGCUCACGCUUCUUUGGAGGAACGCAUGGCGGUCCUUGAGAAGGAGCUGGGGGACUCCGCUCAGAACCAUGCGAGGAUGCUGCAGGAUCACAGCGAGACCCACGGCAAGCACUCCCAGGACCUGGACGAGCGAAGGGCUGCCCACGCCUCUUUGGAGGAGCGAGUGGCGUACCUUGAGAAGGAGCUGGGGGACUCCGCUGAGAACCAUGCGAGGAUGCUGCAGGAUCACAGUGAAUCCCACGACCGACACUCCCAGGACCUGGACGAGCGAAGGGCUGCUCACGCUUCUUUGGAGGAACGCAUGGCGUACCUUGAGAAGGAGCUGGGGGACUCCGCUCAGAACCAUGCGAGAAUGCUGCAGGAUCACAGCGAGACCCACGGCAAGCACUCCCAGGACCUGGACGAGCGAAGGGCUGCCCACGCCUCUUUGGAGGAGCGAGUGGCGUACCUUGAGAAGGAGCUGGGGGACUCCGCUGAGAACCAUGCGAGGAUGCUGCAGGAUCACAGUGAAUCCCACGACCGACACUCCCAGGACCUGGACGAGCGAAGGGCUGCUCACGCUUCUUUGGAGGAACGCAUGGCGUACCUUGAGAAGGAGCUGGGGGACUCCGCUCAGAACCAUGCGAGAAUGCUGCAGGAUCACAGCGAGACCCACGGCAAGCACUCCCAGGACCUGGACGAGCGAAGGGCUGCCCACGCCUCUUUGGAGGAGCGAGUGGCGUACCUUGAGAAGGAGCUGGGGGACUCCGCUGAGAACCAUGCGAGGAUGCUGCAGGAUCACACGAAGGGCUGCUCACGCUUCUUUGGAGGAACGCAUGGCGUACCUUGA